AAAAUACACCAAAUAAAAUAUACUUUACAGUUAAACAAAGUGUUUAUUAAUAUUGAAUGCAAACAAAUUUUGGAAACUUUGCGAAAUGAAGUUGAAUAAAGCCUGAAACCGUUAUGAAGUCGCCGGACAAACUGACUAAUUGAGCGCGGAACUUCCGUUUCCGUUGUGUGAGCUCACAACUCAUAAAGUAACAACAACAACAACAACAACUCCCGUGCAACGCUAUAUCAAUUAAGUUUUUCAAACAAUUUUCCGAGGCAACAAAAACAAAAAAAAAAUAAAAAUAAAAAUACAAAAAAAUGGAUUACGCCUCGCUGCUGUUUCUCUUCAGCUGCACAUUAAUUGAUAUGCAGGGCAUCUCGGCGCUGUUUGUAACGGACAUCAGCGUGCCGGAGAUUGUGGACUUUCGGGACAAUGUGACGCUCUCCUGCAGCUACGACAUGAGCGGGCACACCCUGAACUCGGUCAAGUGGUACAAGGAUCGGCUGGAGUUCUUCAGAUAUUCGCCGCUAAUGCGUCCGGUCUACAUGACAUUUCCCGUGGCCGGCAUCCAGGUGCUCGACGGCAAGUACUUCUGCAACGAGUCCACCUGCCGUGUGGAUCUCAGCCUGAUGGGCGCCAAGUCGACGGGCAGCUACAUGUGCGAGGUGAGCGGCGAUGCGCCGCACUUCAAGCUCGCCGCCAAGGAGGACAACAUGACGGUCGCAGCCCUGCCGCAAAGUGACCCACUCAUCGAGGGCUUCAACUCGAUGUAUCGCUUGGAGGAGUUCCUCAGCGCCACCUGCUCCUCGGACUACUCCAGUGUGCCCACGAAGCUCACCUGGUAUAUCAACGGCGAGCAGCCCAUGCUGGGGGAGCUGCAGCCCUUCAUUGAUACGACCAUACCCGCCCACGACUACAUACUGCGCCGGCAGCGCCUGCAGGUGCACUUCUACCUGCAGGGACACCGCUUCUACCAGGUCAGCAAGAUACUCGAGCUCAAGUGUGUGGCCGAAAUCGAAAACUAUCCGGAGCUGCGGCGCGAGACGACGCUCAGUGCAUCGCUCUCGCAUUCCGAUAAUCUCAACAACCAGAUGCUGAGACAUCCAGGAGCGUCCUCAGCUGCAGCUGACUGUAGAUGCUGUCCCUGGCCGAGGACCAGCUGCCUGAUUUGCAGCCUGCUUGUGAUAAUUCUGCUUACGCAAUGCGCUCAACGUCCAUCAUGAGCGCUCACAUCGGCAACGGAAUCGCCUCGCUGCGAGACGGCGAUGGACAGUGUGGCAAAUAUAUCAGCAAAUUAGUUAGUUAGUUAGUAGAGCAGGCUGCCAGAGCGAGACAGCAACAUACUGGCGUCGAGUCUCAUAGACAAAGAGUUUCGGGUAAAGGGCAAAUCAUGUUGAAAGAUCCUGGCUCCGAGUCGGUCGCUUUGUACAUAUUUAGGGCGGAAGGCAGUGGCAAGAGUUAUAUAAUAUAAAUACACUAAAAACAUAAAUCUAUAUAUGUAUACAAGAAAUAUAUAUAUAAAACAUAUAUUAAGUGUAAAUUAGAAUAAAAAUCGGAAGAGCAAAUGAAGCCAUUUAAUGCGUUGUUUAGUUGACAAAGGCAACUCAACUGAAUUUGAUUAAAUAAUUUUAAAUUUAUUUAUAUUGAUUAUAGCUCAUUUCAUAUAAAAAU